ACCAGCCUGGUGUAAGCUUGAAGAAUAAUCCUCAGCUGGCGACUGUGGAGAAUCAGAACAAAACAAAAAGUCAAAACAUUAGAGACAAAGCAUAACUCAGCACAACUCACCGAUUCUGGCCUUUCUGAAUUCUAAAUCAUGUGCUGCAACAAAGCCCAUUUCCCAAAAUUUACUGCUUUAUACAAAAAGCUCAAACUUGAUCUCAAAACAGAGACAGAAUUAGAUUAAAGAAGUUUCAAUUAAGAAUGGGGCUUUUCUCUCUUACAGUUGCAGGUGCUGGUUUUAUGCUGAUUGGUGCAUAUGAAUCUCUCUCAAGUUCAAUGUCAUCUUCACCUGUCAAUCAUCAGAUAACAAAAUCAGCUAUAGAAAAGAACCCAAAAGGCCAAUCUUUAAUUUAUAUCGGUAUCACUGUUUUCUCUUUUCUCUUUAUUAUCGACUCUUUAAUCUCUCUUUUCAACGCUAUUGAUUCAAAAGAUACAAUUGGGUAUGCCCUUCAGUUGCAAGUCCUUGCUAUUGCUGCACUCUUUUUGCUGUAUUCAAUUUUAGGUUUGCUAUCCAAAUUCUCAAGUUCUGUUCUUUUCCCUUCUUCAAUCCUUAAUUUGGUUCUUUUGUUUGCUUUCGUGGAAGAGUUCUUGUUAUAUUAUUUGCAAAGAAAGGACACAAGUGGGAUUGAGAAUAGGUACUUUGACCUUCUACUUGUACCUAUUUCAAUUUGUGUGCUUUCUACUAUUCUUGAGUUGAAAUCUUCUUCGAAAUCGAAUAAUUAUGCAAGACUGGCACGCGGGGUUGGGCUGAUUUUGCAAGGGACUUGGUUUGUGCAAAUGGGUAUUUCCUUUUACACCAAUAUGAUUGUUCAUGGUUGCUCUUUGCAUGAGAGAAGUAGAGGGGAUUAUACUAUAAAAUGUAAAGGGCACCCUGAGUAUCAUAGGGCUAGAGGGAUUGCCACGCUUCAAUUUAAUUGCCAUCUUGCUUUGCUUGUGGUUAUGGUGACGAGUGCUUACUCCAUUAUGGCUAAGAAGAAUGGUGGCCGUGACGAUUUUAUGCGAUAUAAGCCGCUUGGAGCAGAGAUGCAGCAGAUGGAGAUUAAUGGGCACUUCACUUUGGAUUCUGACGAGGAUGAGAUUCAAGAAGAGGAGAAUGUGACUGAGGAGAAGUCAACUAGAGUUGAAGUGGGUGUUAAUGGUUAUGGUUCUCAUGAGUGAGGUAAUUCUGGAGGUUAAGUUUGAUUAUUCUUUUAUUAGUGGAAAGAGAGGUUUUCUUUUACACUUUUCCCCCCUUUUCUAUAUGUAAAGCGAUGAGACCUCAACUAUAUUUUUUAGUUUUAUAAAGCGACUUUGAGUUUCUUCA